AUGGAGCUCAAAACGCCAAAGGGCACGACCGACGUUGUUGGCCGCGUCGCCCAUCGCAAGGCCGAGAUCCUCGCGACCAUCCGCCGCGUCUUCGAGGAUGUCGGCGGCGUCGAGCUCGAUACGCCCGUCUUUGAGCGUCGUGACGCACUGGCGGGCAAGUACGGCGAAGAGGGCGCCCGCCUGAUCUACGAUCUCGCAGACCAGGGCGGCGAGCUCUGCUCCCUGCGCUACGACCUGACCGUGCCAUUUGCACGAUGGCUGGCCAUGAACCCGACCGUGCGCCAGAUCCAGCGAUUCCAGAUCGGCAAGGUCUACCGCCGUGAUCAGCCGGCUCUCGCACGUGGCCGCCUGCGCGAGUUCUGGCAGUGCGACUUUGACAUUGCCGGCAGAGCGCACGACCGCAUGAUGUCCGACGCCAAGAUCCUGGGCAUUCUGGUGCGGGUGCUAUCACGUCUUGGCCUGGCUGGCCUGGCUGACAACAGAAACAGCGUGAUCGUCAUCAAGCUCAACCAUCGACGCAUCCUGGACGGCAUCUUUGCCGUGGCAGGCGUGCCAGAGCCGCUGCUGCGGCCGAUCAGCGCAGCUGUCGACAAGCUGGACAAGCUGCCGUGGGCAGACGUGCGGCGUGAGAUGCUAGGAAAGGGCUUGUCAGCCGAUGUGGCCGAUCGCUUGGGCCACUAUGUACAACAAGCCGGCACACUGCAGGAGAUGUUGCCGAUUCUGCAGGGCAGCAGUAGCAGCAGCGGCGCCGACGACGAUGACAGCGCUGUGUUGGCCAGCAACAACGACAUCCAGGCCGGCGUCGAGGACAUGCUGCUGCUUCAGGAAUACCUCGAAGCGUGGGACAUCGAUGCCAGUGCCUUCACGCUAGACCUGUCGCUCGCCCGUGGACUCGACUACUACACGGGCCUCAUUUGCGAGGCAGUUAUGCGGGAUGAUGUCCGUGACAGCAAGAAAAGAAACCUGUUUGACAGCAAGAUCAGCAUCUCCCCACCGCUCCAGAUCGGCAGCAUCGCCGGUGGCGGGCGCUACGACGGGCUCGUCGGCAUGUACGGCAAGGAGGCCAUCCCUUGUGUGGGCCUGUCGAUUGGAGUCGACCGCGUGUUUGCCCUGCUGCAGGCACGGCAGUCGCUGAUGGUCAAUGCCAUUGCCAAACCGCUAGCGCCCGUUCUCGACGUCUACGUCAUGUCGGCGGACAAGAGAGAUGGCCUGCUCCGAGAACGUGCGCGUCUGACUGCACGGCUGUGGGAUGCCGACAUCCGGGCGCACUAUACGCUCAAGGCCAAGCCGCGGCUGGACGGCGAAAUGACUGCGUCCAAGGACGUGCCGAUUGUGGUGGUCCUGCACGGCAGCGAGCUGUCCGAGGGUAAGGUGCAGGUGAAGCAGGCCAUUACGGGCAGACACGGAGGUUCGUUUAGUGGCGUGUUCACGACCAAGAUUGUCUCCUUGGACAAAGUGGUGGAGGAGAUCAAGACAAUGCUAGCGAACUCGCUAUAG